CCUUCUUUUUUUGUUUAUUUUGAGUAAUACUUGUCGUAUACUGUUAUCUAGCCACUACGAUAGAAAUGGUUGGUAUGAUUAGUGUUAAAUGAACCGUAAUGGUCGAUUCUACUAAUCAUUCAUGAUUAAGUUAACGUUUUAGCUACAUGUAUCUAAUUUAUAUAUCCCUUGCGCCCUAAUGCGGGAGUUUGAUCAAAUUUAUCGGCACACUCAAUCCAUUAAGAGGUAAUAAGAGGUCCUGUAGUGAUAACGUCGAAUUCACAGCGGAGCGGCAAACUGGGCGGACGUUCCGACACGCUAGUCGAGCCGAACUCCCAUUAGAUAAAGCUAUCCUCUCGGCAACGAUGUAACGAACUAUGCCUCAGUGAGUUCCCACAAGGGAGUGGACGUGUCGUGUGAUCAGUUGUUAAUAUCAAGUUCCAAACCUGUGUUUUUGUUCGAACCGGUCAUGAUUAAUGAGAUACGCCUCAGUGAAUCAUUGUCAACGUUGCAAGGAUGUUGUGAUACUGUUUGUUAAUCGCUCGUGAACUUGAGCUGGUACUACGUACAUUGUUUUGUAGUAAAAGUGUCGCGUUUUUUCCUUAUGUUAUCGUAAAUCGAAUUGAAACUGUAAAAGUGUAGUUAAACAAUAAUUUUACGGGUCGAGGCGGGAGACGUUUUGCUCAAGGUUAAUGGGACUGAUGUAAACCGGUUCACUACCAGAGAAGUUUUAAAAUGCUUGCGACUGUCGUCGGAUCCCGUGACGUUAAGACUGAGAAAGGACCCGCAGAUCAAAGCGAGCGUGAGACGGUACUUGUCAGCGGCUACCGAUCGGCGGUCUAGCGGCGGAGGCGCCGGUGUCCGCUCUAACCACGAUAAAUUAAGUUCGUCUUCGAGCAACUCGAACGGCAAUUCCUCGAGUACAUCGUCCAGUAACGGUUCCGCGGUGCAGUCUGGCGAGAGCUGCGAAGCUUUACUCACAGAAGAACGGGUGCGGAGACCAAAGUCGGCCCAGCCCAAGUUCGAAGCCUACAUGAUGACGGGCGACCUCAUACUCAACCUGUCGAGGGUCGAGCACCCCCACCAUAACCACCAUGCUCCCACACACCGCACACAUUACCACAGAUAUAACUCAACACCAGCGUCGCCCAGUGAGAAUAGACUGUGUGGCCGCGUGGAAAUGCCACAAAGACACAACUCCUCGCCUGAUACCGGUCUCACUGCCAACGAACAUGCGACUAAAAUGUUCAUAUCGCAGCCGGCGUCCCCGGCGGGCGCGGGCGGGGGGGAGCACUCGGCGCGCCACCACCCCGCCGUCAGAACAUCCAGAUCUGAAGAUCACCUGCAGAAGGAAUGGUCGCUGAGCGCUGUGGGCGUGGAGCUAGAGGAGGACGUGACGUCAUCGCUCAACACGCUGCUCGAUGCCAGACCGGACUCGGCCACGCCCCAGCCGCGCUCCGACUCCGACGUGGAAAGAGACAGAAUCGUAUGGACUUACAACGCGCCUGUCUCGAGCGCGAUGGAACGUUCACAACAGACUCCUUCUAACUCCACCUCCAUCUCCGACACUAUUUCACAGAGGUCGUCGUCCCCGGCGUCUCCGUCGUCGUCGUCGGCGCUGUCCCCGCACCGCGCCGCCGCGCACGCCUUACUGCCACAUCACAAACUUAACGGCGACAUGAGUCUCUCCGAAGCCGUCUCAAACAUAUCGAGUCCGGACUACCAAGACCAGGACGACAUGUUCGAGACGGGCCGGGAGUGCCCCCGCAUGGAGCUCUCCGACCCCUCGGACUCGGACUCCACGAUCCUCGUCUCCGAGCCGUGCCACAAGCGAGCCAAGUCCAACUCGAGCUAUUCGAACGAGCACGGCAGUGACGUCACGCUCAACGGAGACAACAACGACCACAGAAUAGUCAUACAAGUAAAGGGACCGGACAAACAGAACCAGAAUUCGAACGAGAAUGUAAAUAUCAAUAACAAUAACAGUAAUUAUAGUCAGAACGGUAAUGAGAACGGUUACACGUCGCCAGAGAAUCAGGGUUACCAGGAGGUCUGCGGUUCGUCAGAGACAGGGUCGGACGAGGGCUCGGACGGCGACUCGUUGCAUUCCUUCCACUACAGUCCUAAGGCUGUGGACAUCCCGUCUGCCGAGAGACUUGCCAAGAGACUCUAUCAUCUUGACGGAUUCAAGAAGUCUGACGUAUCAAGGCACCUCAGUAAAAAUAACGAGUUCUCCCGCGCCGUAGCGGAAGAGUACGUGAAGCACUUCGAGUUCGCGAACACCACGCUGGACGCGGCACUGCGGACCUUCCUGGCACGGUUCGCGCUCUCCGGCGAGACCCAGGAGCGGGAGCGUGUCCUCGUGCACUUCUCCAGGAGGUACCUGGAGUGCAACCCUGGAACUUUUAACUCCCAGGACGCAGUGCACACGCUGACGUGCGCCAUAAUGCUGCUGAACACGGACCUGCACGGCUGCGGCGGCGCGCUGCAGCGGAUGUCGUGCGCGGAGUUCAUCGACAACCUGGCCGACCUCAACGACGGCGACAACUUCCCGCGCGACACGCUCAAGCACCUGUACCACGCCAUCCGCUCGCAGCCGCUGCAGUGGGCGCUCGACACCGAGAGCGCAGUGGCGACAGCGGGGGCGGGGGGCGAGGUGCGCGCCGCGGGGGGCGGGGCCAACCCCUUCCUCGACGUCGCCGACCCCUCGCGCGCCGUCGAGUACAAGAAGGGAUACGUCAUGAGGAAAUGCUGCGUCGAUCCCAACGGGAAAAGAACACCUUUCGGACGGAGAGGCUGGAAAAUGUUUUAUUGUACUUUAAGAGAUUUGGUCUUGUAUCUACAUAAAGACGAACACGGCUUCAGGCGCAGUCAAAUGUCAGAUAAUUUACACAACGCUAUCCGGAUACAUCACGCGCUGGCUACCAAAGCGAUAGACUACACUAAAAAACAACACGUCUUUAGAUUGCAGACGGCCGAUCAAGCAGAGUUUUUAUUUCAAACAAGUGACUCAAAGGAGUUAUGUUCGUGGGUGGAGACGAUAAACUUCGUGUGCGCGUCGUACUCGGCGGCGCCACUGGCCGCGGCCGUCGGCUCGCAGCGCAAGUUCCAGCGGCCGCUGCUACCCUCGUCGCACAGCAAAUUGUCUAUGCGCGAUCAACUAAGAGAUCACGAAGACCGUAUCGCGCGACUAGAGGAAGAACUUGCUCAACUCAAGAGACAGGCGCGGGAUAACUCGUCCCAUACUUGGGAUAAAGACCAUUAUCUAAUUUACGAGAUAAAGAGAUACCGUACGUACGCGUCCGUGAUGCGAGCACGUGCGGGCGCGCCCGGCGCCGAGGAGGCUCCCGCGCCGCCCGCACGUGCGCCGCCGCCCUGACGCGCCAUGCACGUGCUCGCCGCCUGUCUGCUCUGACCCUGCGCGGCCACGCUCUAGCCGCCCACUCUGUCCGCCCACCGCUGAUUCCAAGAUCUAACGCGACCUAGGGAAGCGUAUUAGUUUCAAUUGCCUAUCUUGCGCUAUAUACUUUCACCCUAAGCGACCCAUAUAACUUCACUGUGUCUGGUACCCUGUGAGCGGUUUACCCACCUACAAGUGUUGAUUGUUGCGCUGUUGACUUACGUCUGAUGGUGACAUAGUAUAUGUGAUAUUAAAGAUGUGCCAGUGUCAAAUACAGUCGUAGUUAAAUAUGUAUUCAAAACCUUAAAUCGGAAAACAUAUGUCUAUACAAAAUGAACUGUUUCUGACUGUUAAGUCCUUGCAGAUCCAUAUUGUAACGAAAUCACGAGCAGAAUUCUAAAAUAUAAUAAUGUUAAAUAAAGUGAACUACGAAUACGCGUGGGUCUUAGCGUGUAAAAAUAAUAAUAUCAAAGUAUAAACUUUCUGGGUGGCUGAAGGCGACUAAUAACGGAGCGAAGUAAUAACGAUAAAGGACGUUUCAUAUUUAAAGUGGUUUAUAAAUUAUAAUAACGAAUCAUCUAGUCCUGUCUUCCUUGCGAUUUAUCUACAUGUUGAAUAUUUGUCUGCAUUGCCGUUAUGUUUCGUCCUCUACGAGUAUGUGUGUUGGAAUCGAUUACGAGAACUUCAGUGAAAACUUCAUUGCCUACAGUAAAAACAAGUAAAUUGUAACUUUUUAUCAGCAUUGUAUUAUAGUGAAGUAGUGGUUGGUAUAUAUAGUUUUAUUAGUUUCGCGUGGCGACGACAAGUAUGCCAGUUAAACUGAACUCGCCAAUUUUGUGGGUUAUUACGUCGGCUCGUCGAGCUGAACAACUAAAAGGCUUUAAGUAUUAUGUUUUUGAAAUCACAAAACAAUUGGCUAGAUAAGAUGCUAUAAAAGAAAAUCAUUUAUCAUUCCAUAUAAUUUAUAUCACUAUUCAUUGUACUUGAUGGUGAGAGAAGUGGCCAGAUUUAGCUGUUGACUCAUUAGCUUAAUGUAACCCGUGAUAUUGAAAUCGGUAUUUUUAUUUGACAACAGCUAAAUUUUUAUUACAUUUUUGUAAAUAGAGUUUUUAAAGUGUUGAGACUGAAACAUGAAGUUAUUUAUUUCGUUCGUAAAUUAACCAGUGUCAAAUUAUAGGCAUCGAUAGUUACAUCCAUAGGAUCUCAAAUGUGAUUUAUAGUACUUUUUAUCAUGUAGAAUGAGAUAAUGUGACUGGUUCUGAGAAAUAUUUGUUACUUAUCAAUAGCGAUUGUAUUUGAGAGGUUUGCUUGUGUUCAUGUUUUUUUAGCUACUUUUGCUUAUUUAUAUAUUUAUGUUGGAGUGGAAGAUCAUCAUAACGAUUGACUGAUUACGCAAACUACGUAAGGGCUUUGAUGAUUAAAGGAAAAGUAUAGAAUUAAUUCGCUAUUUAUUUUUAUAUGAAAUGUUAUCAAAAGUAUCUAUGGUGAUGAGUGUCAUUUUUACUUCUGAAAAGGUCUGGACAAAUAACAAAUAAUAUAGUACCUAUGGAAAUGUUUAAACAAAACUUUUUAUUGAUACUGAGAAUAUUGAUAUUUAACAUUUACAUUUAAUGGCCAUUAUAACAUAAAUUUGAAUUACUUAUCAUAGAACAUAAAUCCAAAGGGCUACUUUGCUUUCAGUUACUAAUCAUUGUAAAUAGAUAAAUAUUUUUACGAGUUAUUUAAAUGUUAUGUUUAUCUUUGUAUUAUUUACUCUUAAAAUGUGGUUAGUAUAUUACUUUUUUAAUAAAAGCAUUUUCUCUGUGCUUAUAAUUUAAGUCUGCAUUUCUUUUACAUUACAUAGACAUAUUGUAAGACACAUUGUGCCCCAAAAUUGUAAAUUAAAAAAAAGAAUUUACUCAUUAUAGAAUUUACUUUGCUCAAAAAUUGUAUCUAAAAUGUCUUGCAUUUUGAAUACUAACAACUUUAUAAUCUAAAAGCACAGUAGUGGCAUAUUCAACUUUAUAGUAUACACAUGAUAAAAAAAUAUCUAUUGGUAAGGUAAAGAUGGCUGUGCGAAUGUAUAGUUACAUUUUAAGUCAUCUAGCAGUAUUUUAAAUUUCAUUUCAGUUUAUAAAAAACAUGACUAAGCAUUGAGCAGUGAGAAGAAUGACAACUCUAAAAUGAAGUAUGUAUAUUUAAAAUCUGAAAGUCCUAUGGAAUAUCAUCUUUUAAUAUGAGAGAAAGAGAAUGUCUAACAAAUCAAAAUAAAUAUUUAUUAAUAGCCUUACAAA